UUGACUCAGACUUCGAUUGGACGGCCUACCUCCUCAUCUUUCUCUCUCCCCGUCUUUCUCUCUUCUCUCUCCCUCUCUUCUCUCUUCCCUCUUCUCUAGACUCUAGAAUGCCCUCAAGGCUUCACGUCACACCGCCAUGACACAACGCCGCCUCCCAGUCAAACAGCUGGUGAUCUUAUCGAUAUGUCGCUUCGCUGAGCCCAUCGCUCUUACCUCCGUGUUCCCCUACCUCCCUGAAAUGAUCGAGUCGUUUGGAGUCCCGAAAAACGAUAUUGCGCGCUGGGCGGGCGUGACGUCGUCUGUCUUCUCCCUCAGCCAAUGCUUGACAGGCAUACCAUGGGGUGCUGCGUCUGACCGCUUUGGGAGGAAGCCUAUUAUUCUUAUUGGAUUGAUCAAUACCAUGAUCACAACCCUGAUCUGGGGCUUCUCGACUAGCUUACCCAUGGCCAUCACAGCUCGCACCCUGCAAGGCUUGGGGAACGGGAAUAUUGGCAUUCUGAGAACUGCCGUGGCUGAGCUUUGUCCAUGGAAAGAAUUGCAGCCUCGAGCAUUCAGUAUCAUGCCUUUGGUCUACACCAUUGGUGCCAUAUUUGGACCGACAUUAGGUGGCGUUCUAUCGAACCCUCUUCAUAUAGAUGCACAAAAACCACAUGGAGAUAGGUUUCUCGAAAGAUACCCAUAUGUACUGCCCAACAUUGUUGCUGCCGUUCUUUUUAGCAUUGGCAUUGUCACUGGCUGGCUUUUCCUAAAAGAAUCUCUUGAAAGCAAGAAAUACGAUCGAGACUUGGGCUUGAUUAUUGGCGCUAAGAUCGCUGCCUGGGUUCGCAAGGCCUUCAACCUCCCUAAGCGACAGAAGAAGUCUCACGCUGAAAGGGAACCGCUACUUUUCCACCAGAAAGCACCCGAUGAUGAGGAAACAGCGCAGGACCCCAUAAUCGCCGCCGAAAUCGAAAAGAAGCCGAGGUUGAGGGAUGUGCUAACAUGCCAGACGACCUUAAAUUUGGUCGCCUACACCUUUAUAGCGUUAUACUCUCUGGCUUACGAUCAGCUUCUUCCCGUCUUCAUGCAUCACCCUCCACAAAGCAUCGACGAUCCCGGAGUAAAUCUGCCACUUAAAUUCAGUGGUGGCUUCGGUCUCAAGAAUGGACAGAUCGGCGUUCUCUUCACCAUCUUCAGCAUAUCCUCAACUCUGUGCCAGUUUCUCGUCUUUCCCCCCUUCACCCGCUAUUUUGGAGUUCUUCCAUGCCUCCAGAUGGCUAUGCUGAUCUACCCUGUCGUCUUCAUCAUCACACCAUUUACCUCUCUGCUCCCUACUCAGUUCUCCCAACAGGUUGCUAUUCUAAUCUUAAUGAUGAUUCGAGGCGUAGGCGGCACAUUCGCCUUCCCAGCAUCAACCAUCAUGCUAACAAACAGCGCUGCCAGUCUCCGGGUUCUCGGAACUGUCAACGGUCUUGCAACCAGCGUCUCCGCUGUAGGUCGUGCUGCAGGGCCCUCAAUUGGCGGUGGAAUCUUUACUUGGGCCGUCAAGCGAGGGUACGUCAUCCCCCCAUUUUGGGCGCUGGCUGCGAUCGCGCUUCUAGGCUUCAUUCCGACAUUGUGGCUAGUAGAGGGCAAGGGGUUUGGGGAUGAUCCAGAUUCGGAUAUGGAGAGUGUUGUCUCUGCUUCUGCUUCUUCAGAAGAGUCGGGUGAAGAUGGAAAAUUAGGGGGUGCAGACGAUGAUGAGGAUGCUGUGGCUUCGGAAUGCGAUUACGGGGAAUCAACCAACCUGCUUUCUUACACCAGUACUCGAUCUAGUGUAGCGAUUGAAUCCGAGGAUGAAGCAUUCUGGAGCGAAGAAGAAGGACCAGGAAGACACCACAUCCGCUGGGGCACCGGGAGCAGCAUAGCGCAAGUCAGGAGUCAUUCAGCGAGACGACGGGGGACCCGGAAUGGUAGACCCCUGCGAAGGAGAUCUUCUGUUCCGGUUGGCAUGGGUGUUGGCUUCCGACGCCUUAGCUCGAAUCUGGGUGCGUCAGGGAUUGGACCUGGUGUGGCUAGUUGGGGUGGUACUUGAAAGGGCCUUGAUGCAGUCGGAUAUGGCUUUGAGGACACAAGGAGAUGAUGAUAAAUCUUGAGCGAUUAGACUCAGAUCUUGCGCUCUCAACAAGCCCUGCUCACGCAAGCAUUUCGCGGAUACAGAAGCUAGUAUAGAUGUUUCUCCUAGCAGCACAAGUUCUCGAGUAACUAGGCAAUACAUCGCAAGAGCAGGGAUAGACAGAUUAUAGCCAAGGCAUAUAUGUCCCGUAGAAUGAAUGACAAGC